AUGCCCACACCAUGGGCGAAUCCUCACCGCAGAGACUCUCCGCGGCGAAAUACUAAUAAUUUUGAAAAGCCAAGUGUUAAGUUAUCACAUAUAUCACCAGAAUCUGAAGAGGGUAGGAUCCUACAGUGGGUGCCGCCGCAGGGUAAUAAUUCUCCAACGGGGCAUGUUUCAUCGGUGAAGUCUGGUGAGGAGAGUUCAGUCGAUGGAUCCGAGGCACCAAUGUGGUCGUGUUUUUUCUUUUCUGUGGGGUGGAAUUUUCUUGGGAAAAUUCUGGGUAAGUGGGGAAACGGGAUUAAAAAUAAAAGGGGUGAUGAUGGUGAUGAUAAUGGUGCGUGGGGAAAAGGUAGCGAAUCUGAUAAAGAUGGAGUCUUUGGAGAGAAACAAUUGUGGGAACUGAAGGACACUGGGAAAAGUGAGAGGGAUAGAAGAAAGAAAGUAAAGUUGCAUAUUUUUGGUGUGAAAUUAAAUUUUGAUAUGUGGAGAGGGGUAGAGUUAGAGAUCUUAAUCAGAGCUAGAGGACAAAGUAUUGGUAGGGAUUUUGUAGUUAUUCUUGGAAGCUGUAGAGUAGAAUCUUGUGAUUGGUGUUUGGCUUUGAUUGCUUCUAUAGACCAUCGAGUCCAUUAUUGCUUCUUAUCCCUGAAGAACAGUGUAAUCAGACUAGUGUCUUUGGUUGAACAUAGUCGAAUUUUAAAUUCUACCCUAACUAAAAUUUGCGGGUAUCUUAAUGAAUGCGCAGAAGGAAAAGUGGCUUUUCGGCAUUCAAAUAUUGGUCUUGAGCCUGAAUCUCAGUCAUUUGUGUUCAUCGACGAAGAUCAAAUUUCUGAUGGAUACAAAGUCCAAAAUCAGAAAGUGAAGGAAUAUGAGAAUGGAGUGCCUGCUUUUUUAGAUAACACCGAACAAGGUUUAAAUUCAUCACAAUAUGACAUGGAGUUAGUUGAUUGUGCAAAAAAUGAAUAUGACGCAAAGGUAAGGGGCUUAGUUGAGCCAGUAUCUCAUUCUUCGAAGGAUAUAGAGUCGUUUAUGAAGUUUCCGAAUGAUAUAGAAUCAGUUAAAAGGCCCCCUACUUCACCAAUCUCUAAUCCUGGGGUGGGAGAAGACUCGCUUAGGAAUUCUGUGGAUGUUUACAUGGUCAAAACUGUUACAGAAUGUGAACCACAUCCAGAAGUGCGUUACAAUGAGAGUAAUUAUCAUGUUGUCAAGGAUAUAUGCGUUGAUGAAGGAGUCCUCAAAAAGGAUAAUGUCUUGUUUGUGAAUCCUUUUGACGAAAAGGUCCACAAUUUCUUCCCUUUGGAGGGUUACGAAACUAAAGAAAAGGAGAAAGACAACACCAGUAUCAAUGUACUAAGCCGAACUCCAACGGAGGAGUCUCAUAAGGUUUCUGCUAAUCAUAAUCAGCACAAGGAUUUGAUACUCACUGAUGACGACGCUACUGAAAAAGUUUCUGGUGAUGUCAAAGAGAUGCCUUCACUGGGAGACAAGGUUUUGUUGCAAGAUUUACUCGCUGAGGAUUCUGUAUCUUCUGAUGACAAGGGUGAACAGAUCUCCAAUGAGCCUGGAUUACAGUCUCUGCUGGAAGAGUCCAAAAACACAGUUGAGGAAGCAAUAUUGGCUAGCGCUUCUUCGGCAUUGGCAGAUGAUGAAUCAAAAAAUGACAGCAAGCCAGCAGAGAAUGCAAGCCUCCCUCAUCAAUUUGAUCCUUCAGCUUCUGCAAAUUGUGGUAAAGAAGAAUGCCGCCAAGCCGGAGGUUGUAAAUGUGAUGAAAUUCAACAUACAAGCAGACCAAUAGAAUGGAAGAGUGAUGAUCAGGCUGCAACCAGCCACAGCCACAUUCGACACAGCUUAGGCGAGUCAAGUUUCUCUGCCAUUGGCCCCAUGUCAGGCCGAAUAAGCUACUCAGGGCCGGUACCUUAUUCCGGCAGCAUCUCCCUUCGAUCGGAUAGCAGCACAACUAGCACCCGAUCAUUUGCAUUUCCCAUAAUUCAAUCUGAAUGGAAUAGCAGCCCAGUCAGGAUGGCGAAAGCUGACCGGCGGCUUCACCGGAAGCAACGGUGUUGGAGGGUUGGCUUUCUUUGCUGUAAAUUCUGA